GCUGUUGACUGUUUUCCUUCAGGCAGGGAAGCCCGUGGCCCUUGUGUGCCGGAGGACAAACACAUGAUGGGUCUUGUGUACAUCACGUGUUCCUGCCCCUGUGCCAGGCCAUGACGCGGUGGGCGGAGGUAGGGGGCAGUUCCUAUAUGGAGAGGAGCCUUCUUGGUUUGGGGUUGGCAGCGAGUCCGAGGUCGAUGGAAGACGCAAGCCGGCAGGGCGACUGGGCAGGAAGCAGGCCCCGUGGGCACACCGCCCAUCAGGAGCCUCCUUUGAUGGUCUACCACAGAAAUCCGGAAGGAGAAAUCGCGAGAUGCAGCACGAUGCCGGCGCAGCAAAGAAACAGAGGUGUUUUACCAGCUGGCACACACUUUGCCCUUUGCCCGGGGGGUAAGUGCCCACUUAGACAAGGCAUCCAUCAUGCGCCUGACCAUCAGCUACCUGAGGAUGCACAAGAUGUUGAACUCUGGAGAAUGGAGGGACGAGGUGGAAGCAGAGGAACAGGUGGAUGCUUAUUACCUGAAGGCCUUGGACGGCUUCCUCAUGGUCCUGACCGAGGAAGGGGACAUGAUCUACCUUUCUGAGAAUGUUAACAAACACCUGGGGCUCAGUCAGCUGGAGCUCAUUGGUCACAGCGUCUUUGACUUCAUUCAUCCCUGCGAUCAGGAGGAGUUGCAAGAUGUACUAAGCCCCAGGCAAGGUUUCUCAAAGAAGAAAGAAGUGAAAACGGAGCGCAGCUUCUCUGUGCGCAUGAAGAGCACUCUGACCACCAGGGGACGGACCGUCAACCUCAAGUCUGCCACCUGGAAAGUGCUGCAUUGUGCCGGGCACAUGCGCUCAUAUGCACCUGCCAAGCCUGCUGCAGGGAAGGAGGCAGAGGGAGGCUUUGUGGAACCCCCUUUGCGUUGCCUGGUGCUGAUCUGCGAGGCCAUCCCACACCCUGCCAACAUUGAGACACCCCUGGACAGUGGCACCUUCCUCAGCCGCCAUACUAUGGACAUGAAAUUCACUUACUGUGAUGACAGGAUCGCCGAAGUGGCUGGAUACACCCCUGAAGACUUGCUUGGCUGCUCCAUGUACGAGUACAUCCACGCCCUGGAUUCGGAUUCUGUCAGCAAGAGCAUAAACACCCUGCUGAGCAAAGGGCAGGCCGUGACGGGGCAGUACCGUUUUCUGGCCAGGAACGGCGGCUACCUGUGGACCCAGACCCAAGCCACGGUCAUCUCCAGUAGCAAAAACUCCCAGCCUGAAAGCAUCGUCUGUGUGCACUUCAUUUUAAGCCAAGUGGAAGAGAAAGGGUUGGUGCUUUCCUUGGAGCAGACGGACCGCCAAGGAGAACAUCGUCGGCUGCCCCCGCCCUGCCUCGAAGGGCUGGACUCUGAUGGAGCACUCGAUGAACUGGACUCCAACGGUGGAGACACGAUUAUCAACCUCAGUUUCGAGCUGCGUGGACCGAAGAUCCUGGCUUUCCUUCGUCCUGCCAAUAUCAGCGAAGAGGAAUUGCAGCUGGACCCCAAGCGCUUCUGCAGUCCCGAUCUCCAGAAACUUCUAGGGCCCAUUUUCGACCCUCCUGGGGCCCAGAACCAAGGAGGGGGCACUUUGCGAGCAAAGCCUCUGGUGCCACUACCCAAGCCAUCUCCAAUGGCCAAGAAGGUUUCUGGAAACAGCAGUCCAGUCGAACUGCCGGAAGAACUGCUUUUCGACAUGGAGAAUGUGCAGAAGCUCUUUGCUUCCAACAAGGAGGCUGAGCCAAUGGAGACCACUCUGCAGGAUUAUGAAGGCCUAGAUCUGGAAAUGCUGGCUCCUUACAUCUCCAUGGAUGAUGACUUCCAGCUCAGCAGCACUGACCACCCGCCAUGGCUGGCCGAAAAACGUGGAGACGCAGGGGCAGGGGCCCGACUGGGCUCUCCACCUCCGCGGCCUCGAUCCCGGAGUUUUCACGGCUUAUGUUCCCGCCCGCCCGAGUCAGCCGCCCUUCCCCGCUGGGGCAGCGACACCAGCUUGAGUCAAACCCGUCCUGCCCAGGGUCCAGGAAACAGCGAGAGUGGAGCAGGACCAGUGGUGGAGAUGGUGGCAUCAGUCAAGAUUCAGUCUGUGCCAGAAGGGACCAAUCUCAAUGGCCAGGUGGCUUUUGCUGGUAGCAGGAAGAGGGCCCGCGAGCUGAGUCUGGAAGAUGAGAGGGAUGUCUUUCUGGAAGCCGGGCCUGCUAAGCGUGCCCAUGGCCAUGAACCUGAUGGCUUUCUGAUGCCCUCCCUUAGCCUGGGUUUCCUGCUGAGUGUGGAAGAGUGUUUGGAUGCCAGGUCUGAGCGAGGCUGCGGAAGCACCAUGGCGCUGGGCAAGAAGCUUCUGUCUUUGGAGGAACCGAUGGGCCUCUUAGGGGAUAUGCUGCCGUUUGUGGUGGACGGACCAGCCCUCUCCCAGCUGGCCUUGUUCGAUGGCGAGGACGAGGGCUCGGUGCGUAGCGGAGGGCACUUCCAGCUCGGGGAGGAGCUCCUCGUGGAACUGGACCAGGCCACCUGAGCUGGCGGCUGCGGUCACCACUGCCGCACCUUCAUCCCACACUCCUGCUCCGCAGACGGGACAAACGGAACCAAAUCCAACCCCCAAAUCAUCCAUGAGAGGCCGAGUAGGAGGGGGCUCUUCUUCCUCCUCCUCUUCCUCCUGGUCCACUUCCCAACUCCUUCCUUGUCUCCCCAACUCCCAACCUCUGCUGGCCUCCUCAGAACUCUUCCUACCUCAGUCCUCUCCCCCUCAACGGGCAGCCUCUCCCUUCCGGAGAUGGCGAGGGAGGAAGGCCCAGCCGAACUUAGGAGCCUGCAUUACGUAGGAACUUGAUCUCCCAUCACCCCACUCCCUCAAUUUGGUGCUUACAUACCCUUCUCCGGGUUCCUGAGAUGAGUAGCAGAAGGGGGUGGGUUGGGUUCUUUUAAGCACUCAGUCCGGCAUCAGUGGCAAGAGUCAGUUCUCUUACAAAACUCCCCGUGUUAAAGGGGGCACCACGGUGUGGUCUAUUAAAGACCUCCCUCCUAGGGUUGGCCCUAGACACAGAGGUACACUGUAGUCCUUUAAAACUAGAGAUGCAAAACCCAUUGCACUAUAUACCCUUCCUGAUACCCUUGGCAUUUGCCGCCAACCCAGAGGGUUCUCCUCCCCAAGUUCCCAAUUUCUUGCAUAAAUUCGUCCAUUCCUGAAGUAAUUGGGACCACUCAAUCUUGGGAGAUUUCUUUAAAAAGAAAUGGGGAGGGCUUGGGACUGGCUUCAUAUAAGCCUGGGUUAAUGCCUGCUUCAGCUUCUUGGGAAACAUCUAGCCCUGGUUUCCCAAAAUCUUCAGGUGCCUCUUUGGCACCCUCUUAAUGUACCUCACUGAUGCCCUUACCCUUAUGGACAUGCAAUGGGUAUCGUCAGCAGUUCAGGUGAGCUGAGAGAUACAGUUUAGGCCAGGGUAGACUGCUCUUGCAGCCCCUGCUUUGUAGUAUAAAUCUAUCCCCCCCCCUUGAAAUGGCCAGAAAUUAUUUCCCCCAGAGAGAGAGAAAGGAAAUCAUGAUGCUCUAGUAUUUUGGCCAAAUUUAAGGUCUCUUUAAGGUGACAUUUACAAAAGAGAUCUAAAUCAUGAGAGCCAUGGCCACAGUUUUAAACAUAGAAAAACUGAAUGUAUUCUAGAGUUAAAGGGAGCUAAAUCACUUUUUAAAAAUGUAUUUAAAAAACAACAUUCCUCUCUCAUUUGGACACAUUUACACUUCUUCCGAGGUCCCCUCCGGUCCUCGGUUCUUGUUUGCUUUUUGGGAUAUCAAUUUUUAAAUUGAAUUUUCUUCAGUGCCCCAAAAUUGUACGAUUUGGGCUUCAGAAGGAAAACGUAAGUUUGAAUCCUAUUUGAACCAAACAACGAGGGUUUUUAAAAAACCUUGUAAACAAAGGACAGUGGUUUUACAAUCCCAGUCCAGAAGACAAUGUUGAGGAGCCUGGUUCUUAUUUACAAUCUGAAACUUUUAAUGACAAUCUUAAAAGGCAAGUUUCCUGAAUUUAACAGGGAAAACCUGAACUUCCAGUACUAAGAGCACUGGUUGCUAAACAAACCUCUAGGUUUAAUGGUGAAUUUAAAUUGCCAUCAAUCUGAGAAUAGGUUGUUAGGAAGUCAGCAUUUCAAUCCAGUUUUGUUUGUGGGAGAAUGAAAUUUGGAAAAGGAAAACUCCCCUCUUUUUGAUUUUGUUUUACUCUGAUCCCAAAUUUCCUACUUGGAAGUAAGUUCCAUCAAAGCCAGUGGGACUAACUUCAGAGUAACUGUAUAUUAUAGGAUUGAGGUUUCCGCCUAGCACCCUCACUUUUUUUAUUGCCUGAUCUUAUGCAUGUUUACUCAGAAGUACAUCUCAUGGUGUUCAAUGGGAUUACUUUACUUCCAGGUCAGCAUGCCUAGGAGUACAACCUCAGUUGCACCACAUGGUGAUAUCAGCAUGGAAAGGUAACUCAUUCUUAGCCACUGUGAAGAAAUGUUUCAUAACUUGAGUCCCAGAAGCCCAUCGCUGGAAGCGACAGAAACACUCGCAACCAAAUUUUGCGCUUAUGAACAAGGUACCUUUCCAUUCUGCCCAAAGAGGAAGAGUUCUGUGUAACUCAAAACCUUGCAUACACCUGCACUAGCAAAAGUCGUUGAAAGAUUGAAUGGCCUUACCUCUUUUAUGUCUUUUGAUAUAAAAGGACCAUCGUAGUAGUAGUCGAUGCUCAUCGUAGGGUUACCACUAAUUCUAUGAGGGAAAGGCUCCUCUGCCUGCCCUUGUUACCUGGAAAGUGUUGCUUCUCCCCAUAAUGCUAUCAAGCCUGGGUGAAACAACAUUGACCAUGUACACAACUAUUAAAACCAUAGGCAACUUCCCCUGCAUGGAUGCAGGUAACCCUAGUUAUAAGCCCAUUUUUGGGGGGGGGGGAUUCCCCAAUAGUCUCGGUGGAGGGUUUUGCGUGUUAAAGAUUGGAUUUUCCACCCAUUCCCACACCAGGCUUAAGUCAUUACGAUUCACUGCUUCCCUUCCCUUCCAUCCCUUACUGUCCAAAGCUCUUGGAUAAGAAAACAGAGUGUAGGAGACAGUGUAAGCUAAGCCAGUGUUUCUCACCCUUCCCUUGGGGGUGUGUGUGUGUAUGUGAAAAAGGAUUGCCAGCCCAGCCAUCGGUGGCUGAGCAAUCCCAAUUUUCCUUGCUAACUCCGGAGGGGGGGUUCUGUUUCCCAGCUGAGUAGGAAGCAACAGGGAAAUGAAGGGGAAAAAAUAGCUCAUCCUAUGCUUUCUACUCUCUGGAAUGCUCCUUCUUCCUCCAAGUAACAGGAGGCAACUCAUUGGGGCACCUAUUCUGCAGUCAUAGUGACCCUGUAGACCAGGGGUUCCCAAACUCUGGUCCUCCAGGUGUUUUGGACCUCAACUCCCAGAGGUUUCAAUCACCUUAGCCAAUGGUCAAGGAUUUUGGUAGCUGAAGUCCAAAACAUCUGGAGUAACAGUUUGGGAACCAAUGCCUUAGAUGAAAGGGCAUUCUGGGGUGAAUUUUACAGGUAGGUCUUUGAAUCCAGGGGCCCAUUCGUGCUACACCAUUGUAGCACUAUGAUUCCACUUUUAACUGCCAUGCUAAGAUCCUGUGGGGACCUAGGCUUUGCAGUUUGGGGAAGCACUAGCACUCUCUGGUUGAGACGUCUAAAUGCCUUUUCCUAAACUGGAAAUCCUAGGAGUCUAUAGGAUGCGACCAUGAUGGUUAAACCAUUGUAACCAUCAUGGUUGCAUCCUAUGGGCUCCUGGGAAUCAUAGUGCUACAACUGCAUCAUGUGAAAGGUCCCCUCCGUCCCUCCCUCUACCCCGAAGGUGUUUGGGAGGUUAAGAGUAUUCGAAAGGCUUGAUUCAACACCAAACUUGAUUAGGAUUUGGCCCCUGCUUCCAACCCAUCUGGGGCUGUCCAUCUUCUUAAAUGAAAACUACCAACAGGACUUGGCCAGGAUCACGGUCCCUAGCAAGGCAAAGGGUGGUGGGGAGAGAAUUCAUCCCACUCUUCCUUCUUUUUCUUACUAGCCAAGCUGAGAAUUGCAGUCAAAGAGGGACAGGCGCUGCCCUUAACACCACUUUUGCCUCCGUCGCCAUUCACCUGUGCCUUUCACGUUGACAACGUCACCAGCACCAAAAAAAAGAGAAGUUGCAUUUUUUAAAAAAAGACCAAACCCAACCCCUUCCGAUCUCUUCCGGGUUGGAGGAGCAGCGCAAUUGUCAGUGGCACUGGAGAAUGGGGAGAAACAGGCUGCAGUUUUCUUCCUGGAUCCCCAAAAUAAGGUGACUCCUCCUGUUUUCCACCAGCGUGGAAGACGAAGGGGGGAAAUUAUGCACCCUUUUACAACUACCUCCCUGUUCCUAACAUGCUUCCUCUCCCUCAUUUUGCCCUGCCUUGUCCUAACUUCCAAGCCGCUUGGUUUGAAAAGCAAGGAGGCUGGGGGAUAGGGCGGUGCGGUGGGGAUUUGGGGGGUCAGAGGGAAGGAGGACCCCUUUGUGAACCAUUGAGAUCUCAAAUACAAGACUGUUGAAUUUUCACGGUGAGCGAAACACAACACACACACACAGUGCAUAUACACACACACACACUAAUGCACCAAUGCACACACAAAAAGCACGCGCAAUCACACGAGGUUGGGCCACCCUUGGCCCGAGGCAGCUCUCUUGUUUUCAAAAGCCGCACUUGACAACACGCACAGAACAAUAGAAUCUCCAAGCCAGGUGAAGAACACGGGAUGUUGCGUCUCUUUCUCUCUUUCGCUUUCUCUUUUAUUUUAAUUUUUGUUGUUGAAUGAUUUCUUCUAAUUGUUCGUUUUGAUUCCCAGCCUUGGAGAAGAGGGGCAGUCGUCUUGCCCCCUCCCCGCCAUUCCCCGCCAACCCACUGUUGGAUUUCUUUUUUGAUUUUCUACCUGGUUUCGUUUUGUUUCUUUUUCAGAGACUGUGGUGAAAUGAUCAUGGCACCCUUUUCUUACUGUCGAUGUUGCUAUUUGUUGUUAUCGUAGGGUUGUAGCUUCUUCAUUUCUCGUCUGCCCCCCUCCAUCCCCAAAAGCCUGACGCUGUGGCCGUUGCCACCCUCCUCCUUUGGAUUUUAACCGGUCCUGCUACUCUUGUUUUUUUACAAAACGGGGGGUUUGUGUCUCUCUUUCUCUCUGCCCUACCCCACACUUUAGUGCUUGUUCUACCCCGGGUUAAAACUUGUUCUGUGGCAGCCAUUUUGCGGCAGCUGCUAAUUCUGCCAUGCCCACUUUUGAGGUGACGUGUCAUGCGCAUUGAGCAUGAGGUGCUAAAAGACACUCGAAACGUGGUGCUUUGUCCCUAGUGGUGGUUUUUUAAGGCCACGGUGUGGCCAUGGUGCUCUUGCCCACCCGCAGCCUUCAGUACACCUGCGAUGGUUGCUAGCUUACCUAAGAGACUGUGACGGUCAACCCUCCCACCUUUUCUAAUUCAGCCUUCUUGUUUGGUGGCUGGUAGCCCAAAAAACAGGUGCCAUGGAUUAUAAUCUCACAUACGCCCAGGGCAACUGUCCAGCCACCCAGAGGCUAUGGUGCUAGUCCUCACGGAGGGUUGUACCCACCUUCUUCCUGCCAGCGCUGCUUUCAAAUCUGCAAGAAAGGCGGAAUUUGGGACAGGUUACCAGGGACAGACCUGGGAAAAGCUUCAGUCUUGCUUCAAGGUGGGAUUAAUUAGCAAGCGAAGUCACAGGUCGGGUUGCCAGAAUGAAAACUCUACACAGCUCCUGUGCCUUUAAUUACUUUGUUGAAGAGGGAUUUUUUAAAUAAAUAAAUAAAACUUUCAUUGAAAUAAAAUUCUAAUAUGUUUCUGAAAUCACAAAUAAGUUGUACCAUCUUCCUGCAUGACUUCCAAAUUGUUCACUCUUCUGCAUAUAUAAUAAAUCCACUUGUGUUAAGUUAUCCUCAGAGUCACAGCUCCUACCAUUUCCUUUAACAUUUGAUUUAAUAGAUAUACCAUUCUAACUAGGAUUAAUGUUAACUUCUUGGCUCUCCUUCGUAUAGUGCAAAAUUAAACAAUAUAAAACGAUGUAGAAUUAAUCUAGAAUGUAAUGUAGAAGAGGGAAUUUCAACAGGUACCGCUUAUUAUGUGGUUGUGUGGCAAGCAACACCUCUGGAAAUUCCCUAAAAGUGAUUAAAGGGACAGAGGAGCCUUCUCCAGUUUUAACUCUGGCAACCUUAGUCACAAUUGCCCCUUUGGGGGUCUAGAACUGGCAAAUCUUGCUUAGAACUUGUUCUUGAAUUUGCUGCACAGAACUUGGCAAAAUGAGUUUUUGGGACUAUGACUCCCAGGAUCUCUCAGCCAGCAGUCCCCAAAAGCAACUUUUCCCAAGCUCUGCCCUGUUAAAAUAGGCAACUGGUACCCUAUGGCAGCUACCCCUAUGAAGGGGCAGAGAAAAUGGCAACCUCAUGUUCAAGGGAACACACAUCGCCCUGUCUCUAGCGGCAAUUGCUAAGCUGCUAGGGCGGCCCCGGUGCUCCAUUCCCGCAUUUAGCGGUGGGGAUGGCUGGGCCGAACAGAGGAUGUGGACCUCCUUCCUUCCCUCCCUCCGGGGCCAGUGGUCCUUGGCAACUAGGCUUCAUGGAUGCUGGUGCAUGGUGCCAUCUUGUUCAAGCAUCUUGAAGGGGAACAGGUUGCACAAGCCACAGUGCAAAACCUUCACCUUUUGGAGAGACACAACCCCCCUUUUCCGGCCAAGCUUACACACGCACAUUGCCCCCUCGCUCCGAAUAUUUGUCAAGCCAGCCAGCGCUAAAGAGUGAGAUCGGUGGCUUUCAAAAUGCCUUCUGGGUCCCAUAUAGUGGGAUCAGUCGUGGUACGCGAGUGGUUGUGAAAGGUAAUAGAUGCUCGCCACUACUGAUAAAAACACGCGCACAAAAUUGUGGGAGUUUCCUACAGCAUUAGUUCCCUGCAUUUGGCUUUCUAUAUAUUUUGGACUUCGUGCCUAUUGGCCAUGCUGGCUUGGGAUUCUGGGUGCGGGAGUCCAAAACAUCUGGAGAAUCAAAGGUCAAGAACAACUUUUCUGUAGCAAAUUUGGCUCACUUUUGAUCUCAGUUUGGCCAAAGCCCUUUCACACUUCACAAUUGUGGUACUAUGCACUUUUAACUGCUAUGGAAACCUGGGGUUUGCGGUUUAGGGAGAGGUACUUAGAAUUCCCAGCCGGAGAGCGCUAACGCCUCACCAAACUACAAACCGCAGGCGAUUCAAGCAAAAUCAUUGUGCUGUAAUUGUGUAGCGUGAUAGCAUGCCUGGCUAUGCCUCUAGGACCAUGGGAUACGAAGUUCUUUGUAACGUGGGAAUUCACAGAAGGCAGGAUUUUUGAAAACUGUUGAUCUUGGGUAGGGCAAAACCUUAGCCUUACAGGCUUGAAAAUGGAGGCCUAUUGCAUCCUUAAGUGCCUCAAGCUGAUUUCCAAGAUAAGAAUGCCAGAAACUUUACGCUUAACCUAUGACUUGUGGGUCUUCAGGAAACCUAUCUGCCAUACUCCGUUUCCUGCUGUUUGUCAAAGGAUCUACAACAGUGCCUUGGGUCAAAUUAUAUAUGGGGGGAUCUUGAGUCUUGUUGAACAUUGCAGUCUGUGGAAGAGGGUAGGCAAUCCUUCAGAGGCCAAUAGAUUUCAAAUUCCAAGGUUCCUCAACAUUAGCUAAGGCUGAUAGGAGCUAUAGUCCAACAAUCUCUGAAUGGCCACACAUGACCCUACCUUGGUCUAGAAUGGGGAUGCUCAACCGUUGAUCCUCCUGCUCUUUUGUACUUCAUCUCCCAGAAGUCUCUUCCAACAUGGCCAGUGAGGAUGGAGUCUGUGAGCUGAAGUCCAUAAUGUCUGGAGGACCAAUGGAUCAGAACCAUUGCUCUAAGAACGAACCACAAAGAGCUUGUGACCCUCACUGGGGAUCCUUUCAUACUACACAAGUGUAGUGCUGUAAUCCACUUUAACUGCCAUGGAGGCAUUUGGGAUUCUCAGCCAAAGAGCUCUAGAGCCACAGGUCCAAAACACACUGCAGAAUAAUCCAGUUUGAGGCUGCUUUAACUGCCUUGGCUCAAUGCUAGGGGAUUCUGGGAACAGUUAAAGCGGUCUCAAACUGGAUUAUUUCUGUUUUCAUGGGAUGUUGCCCAGGCAGUUAAAAGCGGAGGCAUGUGUUGAGUGGGUCACAAAAUCAGCGCAUAGUUUGCCAACCGAAGGGCUUGCUGGCUAUGACAAAGGGGGCCGGGACGGGCUUUUUCAAAGGGGAGCCGGUCGCAGGAGGCUGCAGCGUCUCUUUCAAGGCUUUGGGCAUCCGUUUAUAGUAUAUCAUUUUUAUAUAUCUUGUUGCCUCUGCCCUUGUGUAUGGUUAGUAUUUCUUUUCUUUGGCCCCCGCUGCCUAUGUAUCUUAUCGCUGUUGUGAAGCAUUAAAUACGUCUGGUAACAUCA